AUGAAGCUCAGCAGUUUGGUUGCCCUUGUAGGGGUCUCGGCCCUCUCCGAGGCCAGCCCUAGGCCUAAACCCAACUUUGUUUUCGUGUUCACCGAUGAUCAAGACCUGACAAUGAACUCUGUGGAAUAUAUGCCACAUGUCGCAGGUCGCAUUCGGGAUAGGGGACUUGAUUUCACAAACCACUUUGUAACGACAGCGCUUUGCUGCCCGUCGCGAGUCAGCCUCUGGACUGGUCGCCAAGCGCACAACACGAACGUCACAUGGGUCGCUCCACCAUACGGCGGUUAUCCGAAGUUUGUAUCACAAGGUUUCAACGAGGACUGGUUUCCCCUGUGGUUGCAGGAUGCUGGAUACAAUACCUACUACGUCGGGAAGCUAUUCAAUGCGCACAGCGUGACGACUUACAAUAAUCCAUUUGUCAAAGGCUUCAAUGGCUCGGACUUCUUGCUGGACCCAUUCACAUACUCUUACUGGAACUCCAGUUAUCAGCGUAAUCAUGAGGCCCCAAAGAGCUAUGCGGGCCAGUAUACGACGGACGUCACCGAAGAAAAGGCUCUCGGCUUUGUGGACGAUGCUUUGGAAGAUAAGGAACGACCUUUUUUCCUGACUGUGGCCCCAAUUGCACCACAUUUUGAGCAAGAUCCCGGUCAUUCUUCGGACACUCCUCCACAAGCUCCGAUCCCUGCUCCUCGUCAUGCUCACCUCUUUCCUGAUGCUAAAGUUCCGCGUGUGCCUUCUUUCAACCCACUCAAUCAAACUGGUCCGAGCUGGAUUAGAGACCUGAAGCACCAGAAUCAAUCGGUGGUAGACUAUGAAGACUUUUUCUACCGCCAGCGUCUCCGCGCCCUGCAAAGUGUCGACGAGAUGGUAGAUAAACUGCUCGACCGCCUAGAGCGCAGCGGUCAACUCAACAACACCUAUGUGAUCUACAGUUCGGACAACGGGUUCCAUAUCGGCCACCACCGGCUUCCACCUGGAAAGUCAACAUCCUACGAGGAGGAUAUCCGUGUACCAUUUUUCAUCCGCGGACCAGGGAUCAAAUCCGGAGGGAAGGUAACUCAGGUUACCACUCACAUCGACUUUGCUCCCACCAUCUUUGAGUUGCUCGGGUUGCCGCCUCGCAGUGACUUUGACGGCACUCCGAUGCGUAUCAUGAAAGAUAGCGCCGCCAUUCCCCAUGAGCACGUCAUAGUGGAGUAUUGGGGCCAGGCACUGAUGAUGGUCACAGCCCCGACGAACACAGACCGCAUGCCAAACACGACAUAUAAAUCCGUCCGCCUCCUGAGCGAGAAGUACAAUCUCUUCUAUGCUGUCUGGUGCACUGGUGACCACGAGCUUUUUGAUCUAAAUACGGACCCCUACCAAAUGCACAACAUCUACAAUACCGCCUCUCGAUCUUUCAAGAACAGGCUAGACGCCCUCCUCCUCGUCCUGAAGUCCUGCGCCGGAAGCACAUGCAUCAAGCCCUGGGCCGAACUUCACCCUGACGGAUCGGUUCAGAGCCUUUCUGACGCUUUGGAUUCGCAAUAUGAUGGGUUCUAUGCCCAGCUUCCUAAGGUUGAGUAUGAGGCUUGCGUAGACGGGUAUCUCAUUGCUGCAGAGGGGUUGCAGUGGGAAGAUGUCAGUGCUAGCGCUCUACGGAACUAUGUCCGACGGAAUUACGCCUUCGAUGAUGUGCAGAAGUACCGGAAACUCUAG